CAGGUAUAAAUACCAUAAGAUCAUAUGUGAUGCCACAUUCAACACUUGGAAAUCCUCAGAUGAACAGCACAAGUGACUCAAGAGUAGUUGAUCAGCAAACUGUUUAGGCACAGGAGGCUCCACAACAUCUACUUGAUCCAGUAACAACUCCACCAUGUACCAAAUAUAUGUACUCUGAUUAAAUGCAAGAACUGGAAAAUCUUUUCGGCAUGGAGGUAAUGAAUACAUCACAACCAGUCUCCACUACAAUGAUGAACACAGAGGAUGAACCACUUCACACAGCUGUGCCUUGAAGUUCCAGGUACAAGUCAAAUAAGACCAUAUGCGAUGGAAUAUUCAACACUUGGAAAUCCUCAGAUGAACAGCAUGAGUGACUCAAGUGUAGUUGAUCAGCAAACUGUUAAGGCUCCACAACAUCUACUUGAUCCAAUGGAGGCAGCAUCUUAUAGAUCUGAUGAAUCUACUAAAGGAAAAGAAAUGGGUAAAUCACAACCUAAAGGGAUGAGUGUUGUGGUUUUGAAAAGUGAAGAUGUUACUAUGAAGGGCACUACAGUGUUCUUCCCAAUCAAUAUUGAAAUGGCUAAAAUCAAGAAACCACAUACAGGCCAGUUUAAAACUGGUGUACAGAUUUCUUCAGCAAUGAGUGCUGCUGAAGUGGAGAAAGAAUUGAAAAACAAUUUCCCUAUUCUAGUAGGAGAUAAAACACAAACUUUAAGUUUCUAUUGUGCCUCACGCAAAUUAAAGGAAGUAGACAAAUUAUUUUUCCAUGGUGUUCCAAGAGUUUGGGAUGGAAAAUUUAUCAAAAGAACCAUUCAAGGAAAUUCGACUCUCUAUAUUUUAAUGGAGGAGCCUCUUAGAUUGGUGAUCUUUUCCCUCACUCUCAUGAUCACCUCAAUGUGUGAUUCAGAGAUGAUGUUAGAUGCGAGUCACUCUUACAGGUCAAAGGGUUAUUAUUUACUGAAGGUUCCAGGUACAAGUCAAAUAAAAUCGCAAGUGAUGGAACAUUCAACACCUGGAAAUCCUCAGAUGAACAGCACGAGUGACCCAAGUGUAGUUGAUGACCAAACUGUUAAUUUACGUGAUCCAGUAACAAUGGCCGAUGAACAUAUGUGCCUUGUUUCACAAGGACUGGAAAAUGUUGAUGAUGGUGUGGAGGCAAUGAGUACACCACAACCAGAGUCCACUACAGUGAUGAACACAGAGGAUGAACCACUUCACACACCUGGGCCUUUUAGUGAUGAAGUUCCGAGUACAAGUCAAAUAAAAUCGCAAGUGAUGGAACAUUCAACACCUGGAAAUCCUCAGAUGAACAACACGAGUGACCCAAGUGUAGUUGAUGACCAAACUGUUAAUUUACGUGAUCCAUUAACAUUGGCACCAGUUUUCGAUGAACAUAUGAGCCGUGUCUUACAAGAACUAGAAAAUCUUUCUCGCAUGGACGCAACGAAUACAUCACAACCAGUGUCCACUGCAAUGAACAAAGAGGAUGAACCACUUCACACAGCUGUGCCUUCUAAUGAUGAAAUGGAAACUUUUGGUGCUUCUAAGAAGAGGAAAGCUGAUCCAGAUGAGUCGCCAGAAGAGAAGCUGUGUAAAAAGUGGAGAAGUGGCAGCGACACAGUCCAGUUUUUAAAGAAGCAUAGUAAGAUGGAGUUUCAGUGUCAAAGAGAAGAGCUUGAAGCUAUGAAAUAUGGGCUGUUGCUUAUAAUUGAGCAACAGAAGCAACAGAAGCAACAAGAGAUGAUUUCUAUGUUGCAGCAACAGAAUCAACAAUUACAGCAACAGAAUCAACAACUACGGCAACAGAAUCAACAACUACGGCAAGAGAAUCAACAGCAGAUGCAGCAACAACUGGAACAGAUGCAGACCGAGUUAAUGGAAACUCGGAAGAGUAUGACCACCUUACUUCAGAAAUUUUCAGAACAAAAAUAGAGUGCAACGUUAUUUUGUUGAACAUUGUUUCAAUGAGUAAUUUAGUGAACAAUGUUUGCAUCCUUCAGCAACUAAUCUAGAACUUUGUUGUGUUGUUAAUGAUUUAAAAAUAAUCAUCAUAUAAACUACGGUGUUAUACACGGAUUUCAAGCCCUGAGAAAAGCAGUAAAAACGUGUGUUUUAUAUCGCUAA